AUGGAUGCACCGUUCCUAAAAUCCCGUAUAUCUGCACUACUGGAGGUUAUCAAAACCACAGGAGCUGCAAGUUUUAUUUUCCUACAAGAAGUAUCAAAAGAUGCUCUUAUAGCACUUCUUGAAGAGCAUUGGAUCCAGCAGAUUUGGUACACAAGUGAUGCUGAUGCUUCCGCGUUUGGAACCCAGAAGUUCAUCAGCGUCACCCUAGUAUCCAAGGUUUGGGUAGCCACAGAAGGUAUUCUGCUCGGCGCUGUCUGGAGAAUCCCCUUACCAAGUCGUUUUGGCCGAGACGCCUUAUGCUGUGAUAUGCUUCUCAACGAUUCAAGCAAGCACACUCCUGGUAAAAGAUCCCUUCAGAUUCGAUUCAUCAACGUCCACUUGGAUCCCCUGCCUAUUAACUCGUCACUCAGACCACUUCAGCUUUCCAUCUGCGCGUCGUACCUUCAUGCAGCUGGCCACGGGGUCAUCGCCGGCGACUUCAAUCUCGUUUUCCCAGAAGAUGACGACCUUGUGUGCACCAACGAUCUUACUGAUGCGUGGAAAAAUCUUUAUCCGAAUGACCCGGGCCAUACUUGGGGUGUAUAUGGUGAACAGACGUUCCCGCCCAACCGUUUGGAUAAAGUUAUGCUGUUUAAACUUACCCCUUCAGCCAUGGGUAUCUUGGAAACGAGCGAAGUGGAAGGCUGUGGCGAGAAAAUCGAUGUUGAUGGGACGGGAUUGGUUGAAAAGGCGCAUUUUAGUGAUCAUUUUGGGCUUUGGUGUGACGUUGGAUGGGAAGAAGAUCGAUCACAGCUGGAAUGA